AUGGUAUCUGAAAGAAAGAAUAGAGACAGAAAAACGGGCCAGUAUGCAUGUUCUUUUGGUAGUUGCGGUAAGGUCUUGAGUCGGUUAGACCAUUUGAAAAGACAUGAACGAACUCAUGAUUCAAAAGAGAGACUAUACUGUGACUGGCCCGGAUGUAAGCAAUGGUUUAUAGGAAGUGAUGCAAAGUCAAAACACAGAAAAAAGCAUUCUGACUUGGGAACUGGAGUUCAUUUCUUUGAGAGUGCAACUAGUGGAACAAAAAGCAACGCAGAAAGUGCAUUGGAUGUAGUUGAGAAUCAAAGUGCGUUUAGUAGGGAACUAUCGAUGGGAAAACCAUCCUCAGGUGAGGCAUUUUCCAAUGCUAAUGCUGAAAUCAAUGAUGAAUAUUCCAAGAAUUCAACCUCUAGUUCUACCCCAAUGAACAGUGAUGUAGGAAUUGAAUCAGAUAACGAAAGACAGAGAUUGGAAGCAAAGAGGAGAAACAGGAAUAAGGGCCAGUAUACGUGUAGCAUCGUCAAUUGUGGAAAAGUCUUGAAUCGUUUAGAUCAUUUGAGAAGACAUGAAAAAUCUCAUGACCCGAAGAAGAAAUUAUAUUGUAAUUGGCCAGGAUGUGAACAGUCAUUUACAAGAAGUGAUGCAAGAUCAAAGCAUUUGAAAAGGCACGCUGACUUGAGUACGGAAGUUCAUUACUUGGAAAAUUUUCAUAAUGGAGCAGGCAUUACUGAUAAAAAUCGCCAGGAUCAGAGUGCUUUAAAUGCCAGCGUACUUUUGGAAUUGGAGAAAUCGCCUUCCGAUGAUGUUAUCAGUAACAUUAAUAAAGACGUAAAUGAAAAUAUUUCCAUUGUGGACUCAAGCUCUAAAUUUGGAACGAACUCCAAUGGACAUCUAGGAUUAGAAUCAGAUAACGAGAGACAAGGAAUAUCUACAUACUUAUCACCUUCAAAUCUAAUUGAAUUAUUCUUUCUUGAUGAAAGUUUAAAUCAAAACAUGAAUCAUGUGGGAGGCGUUGUUGGUAUUCAUCCAACUUUUUCUUCAGAGUUACAAAAUGGGUAUUCUCCAUUGUCAGAAUUGGAAAAGUUGUUCGCAAAUUCACCUAAUUUCCCUAAGUUAGUAGAAAGCAAACAUGUCGAUAAUUCUAUUUUAGAUCCUUUAAAGCAAUUAAUCCCAGCCAUUAGCUCGCAUCCUGACUUUGGAGUGAGCCAAGUGGAAACAUUUUUAGAGGUAUAUUGGAAUGUAUACCAUCCACAAUAUCCAAUUCUUCAUAGACCUUCAUUUUCCACUACUGAUUGCAACCCUUUAUUAUUAUUAUGCAUGGUAAUUCACGGUGCAAGUUUGACCUAUUGCUUACCACAUUUAAAGGAAGAAUUUGUUAAUCCUCACCAAUUGGCAGACCAGAUUGCAGAACCAUUACGAUGGCUAAUAUUUGCCAACCCGUCUUGCAAACCACCUGCGAACGUCUGGAUAAUACAAUGUCUUUUACUAUUGGAAUGCUAUGAGAUAACUAGUUCUUCUAGAGAAUUGCAUGAACGAGCAUAUAUAUAUCAUGGAACUAAAAUCCAGUUACUCCGUAGAAGUCCAAUUUUGGGAGGAGAUCCAAAAAAUGAAGAAAAGGAAGACCAAAUCAAUCAAACUAAUGAAAGUAAUUCAUAUGCAAGUAAAGACAACAUGUGGAAAAGAUGGAUUGGGAAUGAAUCUAUGAAAAGGGCUACCUUUAUGGCAUUUUAUUUGGAUAUUAUACAUGCAACUAUAUACGGGCAUCUGGUUAUUUUGUACGCACAUCAAAUUCACUUAUCUUUGCCUUGUGAAGAUGAAUUAUGGGAAUUUAAUAAACUGGGGCUUACAGCAUCAAACGGCUUACUUCCUCAACUUCAAACUCCCAAAUUUCAUUUAGCUUUACGGAAAAUACUCAAGAAACAAAAAGUGGAAACUUCUUCAUUUGGAAAGAAAAUCUUAUUGGGUGGUUUACUUUCAAUAAUGUUUCAGAUGCUGCAAAAGGAUCUUAGGUUAAGCAAUAAUGAAUGGGAAGCAUUGCAGGAAACUUGGAAAGACACAAUAUCGUUGGGCAUUGAUUAUUGGAGAAAGGAGAUAUGCAAUGAUGACUGCUGCAUUACGACAAAUUCAUUGUAUAAUAAAAGUGUCAAAAUUGCUGGAGGUGACUUUGAUGAAGAAAGUGACGAAUUGAAAUUAAUCCCAACAAUGCUUAGAUCAAAUGAUAGGAGGUGUAAGUUCAGCAUUUACCAUAUUUCACAAAUAUAUUUGCGAAUAACCCAUUACGAUUAUAUCAUUUAUGCUGGUGCUCCUAGUAGAAUGAAUGUACCUGUUAGAGAGGAGGAAUAUUUAGCAGUCACCAAAAGAGUACUCGAAUGGUCUAAGAACUUAAAUGGCAGAAUAAGUGUGAUUCAUGCUUACCUUUUUCUUUUUGAAAUGCUACUUGAAAAAGGCUCAGAUGACUUACUAUACGCUUAUGAUCCCAAUCUUGAUCCAUUUUUACAUAGAAAGAAUAUUAUUAUAAGCGCAGUUCUAGUUAUAUUUGCCUAUAAUUAUUCAUUAUAUGGUCCAGAAAGUACUGAGGAGGAUCCUAUGAUUUAUAGAGAGGAUGGAUACUCAUAUUUGAAAAGGAUUCGUCGUGCAUUCAAAAAAGUGAAGGGCAAAGUCAAUGAACCGUACAACAGUUUAAUCAAAACUUACGAGAAAGAGCUACAAAAUAUCAAAAAUACGAACCACAUAGCUGGAUUAUUGCUGCUAUUUUAUGAAAGCUAUCGAAGAUCUAAUUGGGAAAUAGGUCGAGAGUACUCCAAACUACUUAAAAACUGCAUCGAAAGGUGUGUUGGUAAAAAGAAUAUAACUUGUAAUGACAUGUACGAGAGAAGUAUCAGCAACCAAAGGUACACCGACUAA